GGGGGUCAGGGGUCAUGGGACCGCCAAGGCGGAAGUGGAACCGCGCACCGGAAACGAGGAGUCGCUGCGCGUCUUUUACAUCAACACCAUCACCACCACCAUCAACAUCUUCACAUCAUCAUCAUCGCCACCACCACCAUUGCUAACGCUACAUCGUCAUCACAUCUACAACAUUAACAUUACAUCCACUAUCACACCUCCCCCCCCCUCAUAAUUUUAAUCAACUAUUCAUCAGCACCAUCACCCCAUCACCAGCAUCGCCAACCCUUCAUCACCGAUACCACUACAUCAUCAUCAUCAUUGCAUCCACAUCAUCACUGCCAUCACGUUGUUUGCAACCCCGUCACGGUUCUCACGACGCGGUCGCCUGCAACCGCGCUUCGCUGGGCCCGCGUUUUUCGCGGGAGACGGAGACGGAGCGGAUGCGUCACACACGUGUACCGGCGGAGCUAGAGCAAGUGCCGCCCCUGUACCCCGGCGCCGGUCGUGCUGCUGGCGCUGAGAAGAUGCCAAGAUGAGGUCGUCGGGAGGAGAUCGCGCCAGCGAGUCCUGCCUUCCGCCCAAGAAGCGCGAGCUGCUGCACAACGCCGACGCCCACGAUGGCGGCGCCCACGGCUUGCCGCCGCCGCCGGCGCCACCGGCGCCGCCCCGCCCGCCGAUGCUCGCCUCGCCCUGCGAGCGCCCCUCGCUGGACCACCCGUCCUCGGAUCGCACCGCCGAGGGCCUCUCUUGGCUGGAGUCGCUCGCGGCGAGCCAGGGCCAGUCGGGCCGCGCCGGCUACUCGCCGCCGGUGCUUCUGGCCAACGCCGGCGACGGUUACGGCGACACCUCCGUCGGCAAGCAUCCGCCGCCAGGCCUCUACAGCUGCUCCCCCUCGCCCAUCGACUACUCGCCAGGGGCGGCAUCCGCCCGCACCUACGUGGCGGCGGCGACGGCGCCGCUGGUGGCCGUCUAUUCCACUUCGCCGCUGGGACAUGGCGCCGUCUCGUACCCGUCGGGGUUGCAGUACCCGCCGAUACAGUACAUUGGCGGCGUGCCCUACGCGACCGCCGCGUACCAAUCGCAGGCCUUCCUGCACCCCUCCCUCGUCACGGCCCGUACAAGCUCGCUAGACUCGUACUCCGCCAUGCUGGCCGGACUUGGCGGCUCGCAGCAGCAGCUGCAGCAGCAUCAGCAGCAUCAGCAGCUGCAGCAGCAGCAACAACAGCAACAGCAGCAGCAGCAUGGAGGGGGGCAGGCAUAUGGGAAUCCCCAAGCCAUGCUCUCUUUCCUGGCUUCACCCGCAGCUGCAUACGGUGUACCACGCGGAAUGCCCUCGCCGGGAAUGCCCCCCAUGCCCAUCCACCCGGCGCUGUUGUCGCCGGGGCCCGGCAUGGUGGGCGUGGCGGCGCCGCCGGUGUCCGCCUCGCUGCAAUACUCGGAGGCCAUGUACCGCUUGGGUCUCUCGUCGCACCCUUCGCCGCCGGUGGGCGGCGACCGCCUGGGAAUGAAUGAGCGGGCGACGGGUGGCGGUGAGUGCCACGGAGGUGGCGGCGGUGAGCGGCAUGGUGGCGGUGAGCGGCACGGCGGUGGUGGCGGUGAGCGGCCGGCGGUGAGCGGCACGGCGGUGAGCGGCACGGCGUUGGUGGCAGCGAGCGGCACGGCGGUGAGCGGCACGGCGAUCCUGGGCCGCAACCCGCGCUGCUCCGUGCUGCAGGCGCUCGACGCUGGUACUCGCCGCUCCCCGACCCCGGACCCGGACGGCGCCAUGAGGCCCCGCCGGCCUCCGCACCCCUCCCCCGACGGCGCUGGCGCCGCCGCCCCCGCGGCCUCUCGCGCCACGCCCUGGCGCCACGGUGACGGCGCGGGAGCGGCGCGGGAGCGGCGCGCGGACCGGGACCGGCGGCGCCCGCUACGCCGCCGCGGCCGCGCCUCCGCCACCGCGGGCAGCAGCACCACGACGCUGCCCACGCGUACGCGGCCGGCAGGGGCCUCGGCGGGAAGGCCACCGUUGCACGUCGUGCCUGACCGAGCGCCGGCCGCCACCAGGGAGCUCGGGGGCGGGUAUCAGGACGGGCACGGCCGCGUCGGGCAGCACCAGCCGCUGCUGGCGGCCCUGGAUUCCGUCGCCCACGACCAGGCCGGGGUGCCGACGACGCAGAGGCCCGACUCGGCGUUCGAUCGCCGGCACGGCCCCGACCGGCGCCACCACGGUCACGCGGGGGGUCAGGCGCCACCGCUGCCCGCGACCUCGCCAUCGCCCGCGCCCACGCCGCCGCUGCCCCCGCACUUUACGCGUGGCUCGGUGAUCGCGCUCGCGGGCGGGGGGCUCAAGCGCGUGGAAGAGCUGCGCACGGAGGACUUUGUGUGCAGCGCCGAGGCGAGCGGGGAGCUGCGCGUCGACUCGAGCACGCUGGCGGCCAUCCAGCCCGCCGCGCAGCCCCGCUGCAACUUGCUGCACUUCUCCGUGGGGCCCCAGCGCCUGCAGGUGACGGUGCAGGUGAGCGUGGAGCACCCCUUCUUCGUGUUCGGCCGGGGCUGGGCGUCGUGCGAGCCGGAGCGCACCGAACGCGCCGCGGGGCUGCGCUGCUCACGCCUGCGCGUCGGCGACGUGUGCGUGUCGCUGGCGCUGCGCUCCGAGCCGUCGGGCCACGGCGACGGCGGCGCCGAGGAGCCGUCGGCGGCGUGGAGGACGCGCGGCGGCCCGGUCGCGCCGGACGCCGGCGGCAGGAACCGCGCCGCGCCCACUCCGGCCACAGGGGCGGUCUCGGCCGCCGGCGGUCGGACGUGGUGGAGGAGGGAAGGUGGCGCCUCGCCGGCCGCCGGCGCGGCGGACGACCGAGGAGGAGAAAGGGAGGGACUCGCCGGGAGGGAUUGCGAGUGGUGGGGCGGCGGGGGCCCUCCGGCACGGCCGUCGCGCAAGCGGCGCUGGUCGGCGCCCGACGUUCGCGAGCCGGCGCCGGCCCCAUCGGACGCGGCGCCGCCCUCCUCCCCUUCCUCCUCGCCGCGCCCUCCCCCCGCGUUCAUCCCGCACCAGCUCAAGGUCUCCAUCGAGGGCCGAUCCAACACUGGCUCGUAGGCCGCAACGGGCGGUGGUGGCGCGCGAUGCCGGGCGAGACGCGCGAUGGCGCGGCCGGCGCCCCCCCCGGCUGCUAGGGACGGACGUCGGUGAGCGCGGUCCCAGCUCGGUGCGACGUGGCAUGGUUUAGGUGGCGUGUGUGGUGCGGGUGGUGCAUUGGGGUUGGUGUGUGUGGUGCGGUGAAGAGCGUAUGCUGUGGUGUGGCGUGCACUCGACCAGCAAAAGGGUCAAGGUGUUCUGUGGCUCCAGUUUCAGUUGGCGAUGAGCUCUGUCUCAGGUUUUGUAACCGCCGGUGACGUGAGCAUCUCCUUAAUACAUCCUAGUGUAAUUACUGAUUAGCAUACAGCCGCAGAGAUCCUGCCUUUUUGUAAUGGGCAGCACACUGGACUUGCAAUCCAGACGUCGCAAUGAAGCACAUUUCUUAUAUCCCCCCCCCCUCUCGUCUCUGUCCACACGGCAGUUAUCGACGGGUACUGCACAUACGGUCAGCAAGGGCGCUUGCGGUGGGGUGCGUCAGACUUGCGUCGCAGCGUAGGCCAAUUAUGCCACUGUGGUGAGAUGUUAAAUACCUCGCCUGGUAUGCAGGAGGUCGUGGGUUCGAGCCCGACCCUGACGCUUCGAAAUUUGGAGUUUGCGCGUUCUCCCCGUGGUUGCGUGGAUUCUUCUCCAGGUCCUCGGGUUUUUUGUUUUCCCCCCCUCAUUUAGAAUCAACAUUUCACUUUCGGGAGUAUUUCGACGCUAGAAAUUUCCAUGUGAUAAGUCCCUUCGCAGGGGCUGUCAUUUGUGGUGGCCAGGUCGCGUCUGAAAAUGAGCUACACAGCUCAGUGGGCCUUACCCGGUAAAAUAAAAAAAAAAUGUAGUUAUUUUUUCGUAGGUAAAAUUUUUCUAUUCCACAUCCUCCCUCACUUCGUGCAUUGCAACAUCCUGACGUUCCGGACGGCAUUACCAGGGGCAUCGACAGGAUCAGGCACACCCCGGACUCAUCAGAGCAGGCGGGAGGAAAGAGUAAAGUGGUGGCGGGUUUAACGACACAUUUAUACAUUUUUGCGAUCUAACCCAAAAAACCUGUAUUAUGAAUAAUAAUAAUAAUUACACUUAUUUUGCACUUUUCAUCAAGGAUCGCAAGCGCUGUACAGAACACAGCAGCGGCAGGCACUCGGUGGGAAAUAAUAAAUAUAUUAUUAAUUCUUUAAAUCCAUUUAAUAAAUUAACUUAAACAUGAAUAGGUGGAUGCGUAUAUUAAUUGGUUUUAAGACUCAUUUAAAAAAAUGUCCACGGACUCAAGAGAUCCAUCUGAUAUCUCGUGGAAGAGCGUUCCAUAGCCUGGAGGCUAAACGGGGAAAAUCUCUGUUACCCAUAGACCGAGGCCUCGCCCUGGGAAUACAGAGAGAAAAUCUGCGUCAUGCCCAGAUCUUAGGGACCUUGAGGGGGGGACACAUGGGUGCAGCAUGUCAGUGAUGUAGGCUGGGGCAAGAUGGUUCACUGCUUUGUUAAAUUAACAAUAGGGUUUUAAACUGCGUUCUUUGUGAAACUGUAAGCCAGUGCAGGGAGGCAAACACGGGCGUAAUACGAUGUAAAGGAGGCGUUCUGGUUAACACUCUAGAAAUCGCAUUUUGAACAUCCUGAAAAUUGAUUGGCACCUUCUUAGCCACGCCGGGGAGUAAGUAAUACAUCCACAGUAGUCUAUGCGAGAUGAGAUGGACCAGGUAGAGAGUAGGGAUCGGUUAUGGGAGAUAUUUCGCCAGAUGGAAAAAUUAAGUCUUUGUGAUCUUUUUAAUAUGAGCCUUGAAGGACAAUGAUGACCCCGAGAUUUGUGACUUCUUGUGCCGGACUGAUUACAUGACCGUUAAUUGUAAUGUUGGAGGGUGCAGCUUUAUGAAAUUGGUGGGGUGACCCAAUUAGCUAUGUAGCUCUUUUUCAGAAGCGACCUGGCCACAAAUGAUAGCUCAGAGAGGUGGCCUGUCACCACUUGGGAAUUUAUAGCAGCCAAGUACUCUGAACGCACGUUGAUUUAAAAUGUUCAGGA